GGACGCUAAUUGCAUACUCUCCAAGGCCAAUAAAGAAAAACAAAACAAACCAUUCUCCAUUGUGACCUUCAUUCCAAUGGAGGCUGAUGAUGAGAAAAGAGCACUCUAUGCUUCUCCAACAUCAUCACCUCCAACACCUCCCUCACCACUUCCCAUCAGUGUUGGACCCGGCAACCAAAAGUACUUAUUCUCGCCGUCUCCGUCUCCCUCGCCACCUUUCUCCCCUCCCUCAAGCCACACGUCUGCCGAGAACCUCCCUCUUCUCCUCCCUGAGAAGCUGCAGCCUAGUCCUAAAGUGACACCAUCAGCAUUUUCCUUGGAUUAUAGUAGACCAGCGCCGGACCAUUUGGAUUCCAGGAGUUCAUGCCUUAGAGACUUGUUAGAGUGGUUUAUAGAAAGAUGCUGCAACUGCUGUACCAGGUCUCCCUAUCGACUAGAAAACAGAUCCUCAUCAAGAGCAGCAGUCCCAGUGUGAUUGAUAUUGCCUUGAAGGUUUUGGUAGAGAUUCAAAGCUGCAAGUGAUCACUACUAAUUUACAUGAUGUGCUAACCUCAUAAUUAACUAGGCCUCUGUGCCUCCUUACAUGAUUUUUCAAGUAACCUUCUGUGUCAGGGUUCGGUAUAACCAUUUAAGGUGAAUGAGUGAUAUUGCAACCAUAUAUUCUUUGUACAUUCACAGUAUUGUCUACAAUUUAAUGUUCAGCCUUUCUUUAGUGAAAUACAACUGAAGGAGAAAGUGUACCCCAAAA